AUGGCCAACCAUCGUUCCAGUGACCGUACGUCCGCGUUGCCAGUCAUCGUGUUCACGCUCACGCAUUUGUUGGUCGUAUCAAUCGCUGCCCUUGUGCUGGUUUGGCUCAUGAGGUUCAGGGAAGGUUUUGCUUUUACAUCACAGAUCAAAGCAAAGAUUUUUAAUUUGCAUCCACUUCUCAUGGUACUUGGAUUCAUUGUAUUUUCUGGGGAAGCGAUGAUAACAUACAAGUCGAUCCCUGCAUCGAGACAAGCGCUUAAACUAAUUCACCUGAUGCUACAUUUGAUCGCGCUUGCUUCUGGAAUUCUGGGCGUUUAUGCAGUCUUCAAGUUCCAUAACGAACUCCAUAUCCCGCAUAUGUACACGUUACAUUCCUGGAUCGGCUUGUCUACCAUCUGCUUAUUCGGGUUUCAGUUGCUAUUCGGAUUCUUCUCUUUUUUGUUUCCGGGCGCAGAGUCUGCAACACGCGCAAGAAUCGCUCCAUGGCAUGUUUUUUUUGGCGUCGUUAUCUUUUUCAUGGCGAUCGUGAGUGCCGAGACGGGAUUAACAGAAAAGUUCUAUUUCCAACGCUUGAAGCGUGGCCAAGAAGCGCUUAUCGUCAACUUUAUAGGACUGUUACUGCUACUUUCGGGGAUAACGGUUUCCCUUAUUGUUGUUCUUCCUCUACGAAGGAUAUAG